AUGGCUGACACUAAUUCAACCCCACAACAAACUAACGGAAACAAAAAUACUAAAACAGGUCCACCAGCAAAUAAAUCAAAGUCAUCGGUGCAACCAGCAACCCUUGUUCCUGUUCAACCAACUCCACUCACUUCUCGUGAUAAGAACACUCAAAGAUUGAUUGUUGUUUUAUCUCAAGCAUGUUUGGAAACUUAUAAAAUGAAUACUGGUGGACAAGGAGGUGAUAGAUUUGCCUUGUUGAAUUGUGAUGAUCAUCAAGGUUUAUUGAGAAAAAUGGGUAGAGAUAUUGCUGAAGCUAGACCAGAUAUUACUCAUCAAUGUUUAUUAACAUUAUUGGACUCUCCAAUUAAUAAAGCUGGUAAACUACAAGUAUAUAUUCAAACUGCAAGAGGUGUUUUAAUAGAAGUUAAUCCAAGUGUUAGAAUCCCAAGAACUUUUAAAAGAUUUUCUGGUUUGAUGGUUCAAUUAUUACAUAAAUUAAGUAUCCGUUCAGAAAACUCUAAAGAAGUUUUAUUGAAAGUUAUCAAGAAUCCAAUUACUGAUCAUUUACCAACAAAAUGUCGUAAAGUUACUUUAUCCUUUGAUGCUGAAGUUAAACGUGUUCAAGAUUAUGUCAGCACUUUGAAUGAAGAUGAAAGUAUAUGUGUAUUUGUUGGUGCUAUGGCAAGAGGUAAAGAUAAUUUUGCUGAUGAAUUUGUGGAUGAAAAGAUUGGUCUUUCUGAUUAUCCAUUAUCUGCUUCCGUUGCAUGUUCUAAAUUCUGUCACGGUUGUGAAGAUGUCUGGGGUAUUUAUUAG